UGGCAGUGUUCAGAGCCAGGUUGGACGGGGCUUUGAGCAGCCUGGUCUAAUGGAAGGUGUCCCUGCCCAUGGCAGGGGAGUUGGAACUGGGUGAUCUUUAAGGUCCCUUCCAACCCAAACCAUUCUAUGAUCCUGCCCUGGAAGGGGUGAGGAGGGCAGGCCGAGGAGGGAGCAGCUCCCAGCCAUAUUUACCACACCCUUGCAAGGGGGCAGAUAACAUCCCCUAUCUGGCUAUGAGUUGGCGACAGCAAUCCCCAAGGAAAACUUGGGUUAUGGUGAGCAAUUGGUUAAGAGGGCUGCCCUGUGCUUGCCAGGAUAUAAGGACAUAGUAAUAAAAACGACUGGAUUUUCGGGUGCCGGGGAUGUGCCCGGGAGAGGUGCACCACCUGCUUUUUGGGUGCUUUCCCCUGUAUCAGGACAGAAACUGCUGCUCCCAGCUCUUUGGCAGCGGUGCUGCUGGUAAAUGAUUGCCAAGGCGGGGCCGGAGGUUGGUGCUGGGUUUGAACCCAGGCAGGUGCCUGGGACUGGUGUGCCGGCAGCCAUCCUGCUCCCACACCUGGCAGCGUUCGGCAGCCCCUGGAACUUCCAGGCUAGACCAUCCAUCCUGCAAUGACCCAGUGCACCUGAGGCCCGGCAGCUGUGGGGAUGGAGCUGAAGGUCUGGGUGGAUGGGAUCCAAAGGGUUGUCUGUGGUGUUUCGGAGCAAACCACCUGCCAAGAAGUGGUUAUCGCCUUGGCGCGGGCCAUAGGUCAGACGGGCCGCUAUGUGCUGGUGCAGAAGCUGCGGGAGAAGGAGCGGCAGCUGCUGCCACUGGAGUGCCCCUUGGAGUCGCUGGCCAAGUGCGGGCAGUAUGCCAAUGACGUGCAGUUUGUGCUGCGCCGGACAGGCCCCAGCGUGGCCGAGCGGCCCUCCUCAGAGGGUGCUCCCCAAGCCCCCGAGAGGACGUUCAUCCGGGCCAGCUUGCCCAUCAAGCCCAGGCCUGCCAGCACGGAUGCACCCCGUUCCCGGGAGCCAAAAAAAUCCAUGACCUUCAACUUGGGUCCUGCAGGUGACCCAUUUGCCAUGAGCCGCUGGAGGCACCAAGCACGGGAAGGGAUGGACUUGGAGGGCGGUGGGGUCCUCCAGCCCUCCAAGGAGGAGCUGUUUAGGAGGGUGCUGCGGCAGCAGGAGCAGCUGCAUUCCUUGGAGGCCCAUGGGGACACCCUGGAGAUGGACCUACGGCUCUGGGAGCGUGGCCGGUUCGCGGGUCAGGAGGAUGAGAUCCUCUACCUAGAGCACCUGGUGCGGAGGAAUGAGACAGAGCUGGGUGAGGAGGAGUUUUGGCAGACUGAGCUCCGGCUGGAAAAGGAGUGCGAGCGGGAGCGGCAGGAGCGCGUUAGGAGCCUCCGGGCCAGCCUGGAGGAGUACACCCAGAGGAUCUAUGAGCUGAGCGCCCGGACCGAAGCCCUGCAGGAGGAGAUCCAGUGGGAGAUGGCAGAAAGAGCCAAGAGGGGGAAGGAGAUCCCUGUGCCCAGCCCCACAGACCUGGAGGACAUGGCUGCCAAGAUGAAAAGGGACCUAGAGGCCAAGGUCAAGCAAGGGACCCAGCUGGAGAGCAACCUGGCCAGUGUGGAGAAGGCCCUGGAGGAAGCUGAAAGGAACCUGCAGUUGUAUCAACCAGGCAGAGCAUCUGGAGGUAGAAGGGCCUGGCCAGAGGAGGAUCAACUGCCUUGCAAGUGUAACUGUAUAAAUAAACCAUAUUUUAUAUAUAUAUUUUAUUUUUUUUUUACUGCUUUAUAUUGUGAAUGGAUGUGGACGGCCAGAGUAUUUUUACAGACUGUAAAAUAAAACCAGAGACCAACGACACAAAGGAACCCUCCUCCCUGUGGAUGGAAGCAACCUCCUUCUAUGUCUAUUUUUUAAGAGCUUUCUAUAUUCAACAGAAAACAGCGGUGCUCCCUUUCCACGCAGCCUCCUCAAAAGAUCCAUCGUCCAUUUGGAAAAGCCCUUGCUCUUUGGACUAGGGGAGCGAAGCUGCAGUGGAGACCUGCCUGGAUGGAGCAAGUUAACAGAUUUUACAGCACCUCUCCCGCAGCAAGUGGGGCCAUGUCAACCUCUUCAUGGGCUACAGGGGAUGCACAAGAGCAGCUCUAAGACAAAUUUUUGUUCCCCUCUUUUAUAAGAACUCUCUAGUAGAAACCCUUUAUCAUGGUGCCAUGGACCAGGCUUCAGGGGAGCGGGGAGCACACAGCAGGGGCUUGUUUCUCUUAAAUCCCCUUAAUUUUUCAACUUGUUUCUAAAAUAGAGUCCUCGAACAAGCCCUUCCCCAGUGGCAGUGCUGGUGGGGAGCAGGAUCAAAGCGCACUUGGUCACAUUUCACUGAUUUAUAUCUUGGUUUUCCAUUUGAUGGCCAGUAGUUACUCUCGGGUGUUGUUCAUCUAUCCUAGUGGGUCGCCUUGUAUUUUAAUUGCAAAACCAAAGUGGUCUGGGGAGGGGAUGGGUUCGUUGAGGAGGUUUUCAACACAUUGUAUGCAAAACUGUGACUCGGGCACCCCACUUUCCCCUACGAAUGUAACCCGGUGUGCCGCGGUUUCCAUCUUCAAUAAAUCUUUGGGAAAG